AUGGCUGAUUGGGGUGAUUCUGAUGAAAUACCCGUUCCAAUUGCGUUUCCCGCAAAAAAACAAUGGGUUUCUUGGGAAAUGUCUUCGUCUGAAGAUGAAGAUAAGACAAAGCCACCAAAGGAAGAGACGCCUAAAAAGAAAAAGGCUACUAUUACACAAAAAAUUGCAGAGAAAGAAUUGAAAAGAAAGCAAGCAGCAGAAGAAAAGGAAAGAAGGGAUUAUAGUGAAGAGGAUAGUGAUUUCGAUCCUUUAGAGAAAAAAAAAAGGGAUGCUAAAGCGGUUAUUGAGGCUGACCUUGAAAACGCAGAAGGAAUGUUUAGGGGUGUAACGAUUAGAGAAACGGAAGGUUCGCCGUUAGAUAGAAUAAAUCCCCAAACAAAAGAAGAGUUUGAUGAGUUUUGUAACCUUUUGAUUGAACGGAUCAGAAAGCAUGAGAAACAAGGCCUAUAUAUUAAUUUUAUUAAUGGAUUCGUGCGUGAAUUAUGUUCCUCACUUAAAGACGUUGAUAUUCGUAAAGUUUCUAGCACGCUGGCAACAAUGGCAAAUGAAAAAGCGAAAGCUUUGAAGGAGGCUAACAAGGCAAAGAAAAGAAAAGCCAAACCGUCACUUCAGACUGAUGACGUUCUUGAUACAGUAGAUUACGGAAAUUAUGAUGACGACUAUGACGAUUUCAUGUAA